AUGUCGACAACCGAAGCGAAAUUAACUGGUGAAGUGAACAAGGUUGACCGAUCUAUUGAUCGUCUAAAAACUUGCCCAUUGUUAUUACGGGUAUUUUGCAAUAAAAACCGUCAUCAUCUAGCUCGAGAAUAUGAAAAAGGACAUACACCAGAAAAUGAACUGCAAAUUUAUACUUGGAUGGAUGCAACAUUAAGUGAACUAACCCAACUCAUCAAAGAUGUUAAUCCCGACUCUCGUCAUCGUGGUACACAAUUUUCAUUCUCGGUCGUUGCGCCGGAUGAAACGCACGGCUACUAUUACCUUAACGAUAUUGGUAAAACAGAAAAUGGUCAACGUCGACCUGAUGAUCAAGUUCAAUUAGCUAACAAACGUUUCCGUGUCGGUGAUUAUCUUGAUGUUGCUAUUAUUCCUAAACGACAAGAUGCGCCAGGAUCGAAUCCGCGACGUGACAGAGCUCCUCAGCAAUCGUCUGAUGAUAAUAAUAUCAAGCGACGUAGUGGUCCUUCAAAUGAAAGAAACGGCGGUGGUCCGAUGCGAUCCGCUCCGCGAAACGACCGCCGUGAUCGUCCAUACUAG